AUGAAGUUCUUUAUACAUCUUUUCCUUCUUGCCGAACUCGUUGAUUUGUCCCUUGCCCAGGAAAAAGUCCAGAAUGUCAACGUUGAGCCCGAACUCGUCGUCCCAAAUAGCUACAUCAUAAAAUACAAACCCGGCGUUUCCUCUAGCAGAAAGGCAAAGCAUGAAGAGAUCAUCCACGAGAAGGCGAGAAGUAAGGGAAAGGAGGGCAUCGUGGAUAGCAUCGACCUCGAUGGGUUCAAGGGCUAUGUCGCCGAGAUUCCUUCAUCAGAGCUCAAGGCCAUUACUGAUUCUGAUCUGGUUGACUACGUCGAGAAGGAUACUAUUGUGAACAUCUCUGCUGUCGCUGCCCCAAGCUUGGGACUGCAUACGAAGCGUGGAUUUGUCACGCAGAGAAAUGCCCCCUGGGGUCUCUCCCUUAUCUCGCAGGAUGUUGACAGCACUCGUUAUACGUACGACACUUCAGCCGGGAAUGGGACAGCUGUUUAUGUCCUCGAUUCAGGUAUUCGAACAACACACAGGGAGUUUGGAGGCCGCGCCUUCUGGGGUGCCAAUUUCAUCAGCGGCUCUCCUGAUACAGAUGAGUUUGGCCACGGCACACAUGUUGCUGGUAUAAUUGGUGGCAAGACCUACGGCGUAGCUAAAGCCUGCCGGAUCUAUGCCGUCAAGGUGAUUGAUAAGGAUGGCGUCGGCUCCAUGUCAGGCAUCCUCCAAGGCCUACAAUGGGCUGUCAAUCAUGCCAAGUCUCGUGGUACUGCUAGAAAGAGCAUUAUUAACGCAUCACUUGGUGGCCCUUAUACCAAGAUCGGCAAUGAUGCUGUCAAGGCUGCCACUGAUUCUGGUAUCACUUGUGUUGUUUCAGCCGGUAAUCAAGGGGAUGAUGUUGCCAACUACUCACCUGCUUCUGCUCCAUCGGCUAUCACUGUUGGCUCCAUCGAUGGUGCCGGCUACCGUAGUAUAUGGUCAAACUACGGUGCCUUGAUUGACAUCUUUGCGCCUGGUAGUGAUAUCCUCAGCGCAGGGCAUCUUAGCGACUCUAGCAGUGCAUACAAGUCAGGCACAAGCAUGGCUGCACCGCAUGUUGCUGGGCUUGCUGCAUACUUCAUUGCAAAAGAGGGACUUCGAGGUUCUGCGGCUGUAACUAAACGCAUCAUCGCGGCGGCCGAUACUAGUGGAGUUGGGUCUGCUUUUGACAGUCCUGAACGUAUUGCUUAUAAUGGUGGCAGCAAGUAG